AUGGCAAUGGAGCCGGUGGCGCAGGAAGUCUUCAAGCAGAGGCUGUACGAGUUAGCGAAGGACAACGAGGCAAAGCAGACCGAGGAUCCGCCGUCAAGGGAAGCAGUCACCAGCGGUGAUGAUGUGUUGGAGGGCAUGCUGAACGACCUGCUCGGAGCCUUGCGACGAGAGGCUCCCAUGGAUCCCCUGCCGGCGGAGAAGGUGGCCGCCAUCAAAGCAACGGCGCAGGAGGCCACGGCCACCGGCUCCGGGCCUGCAGAGUCCCAAGGCGAACGGGACGACGGGACGGGGCCACCGACUAUACAGAUCCUGAUGCGCACGUCACGUUGGGGGAGGGGGAGGGGGGGAGGUUUAGAUCUGCUGUAUUUGCUGUGGAAUCUGGGAGCAGGCAGCAAUGCUUGA